AUGGCAGUGGGGGAGGUGGCCUAUGCCCGCCGCCUGUUCGACGAAAUGUACAAGCCGCGCGUCUUCCUCUGGAGCUCCCUGAUUAGGGGCUACGCCAGGAACGGUCUCUCCGACGAGGCCGUUGCCGUCUUCCGCCUCAUGCUCCAGCAGGGCGUCCGCCCCGAUAGCUUCACCUUCCCGUUCCUGCUCCGCGCCUGCGCGGACCUCAACGCCGCUGCUCUCGGCGCGGCGGCCCACGGGCUCCUCGUCAAGCACGCGCUGCCGCCCGACAAGGUCGUCGCGACUGAGCUCAUGGCUAUGUACGCCAAGUCCGGUGACUGGCCAUCAGCCGACCUCGUGUUCGAUCGCAUGGCCGGCGGCGGCGGCAGGGACUUGGUCGCUUGGAACGCACUCAUGGCGGCGUACGCGCAGAGCGGGCGCGCCGAUAGGGCCCUCCACCUGCUCGAUGAAAUGGGCCAAUCGGGUCUGAAACCCGACGCCGCGACGAUGGUGACCGCCCUCUCGGCCUGCUCCUCGUUGGGCCUACUGCAGCUGGGGAAGAAGAUCCACCGGAGCAUUGUAGAGGACGGGCUUGACGGUCACGUCGUGGUGGAGAACGCCCUGCUCGACAUGUACGCCAAAUGCGGCAGCGUGGCGGAGGCGCGCCGCCGGUUUGAGGCGAUGCGCCACCGGAAUGUGGUCUCCUGGAGCACCAUGAUCGCCGGUUACGCCAUGAAUGGGGACGGCGAGGAAGCGCUCGCCUUGGCCGCUCGCAUACGGGACGAAGGCGUGGAGCCGAAUCACGUCACCCACCUCGCCGUCCUCUCCGCCUGCGCGCACGCCGGCAUUGUGAGCCGCGGCCGGAGCUACUUCUCCGCCAUCGCCAGCCCGACGCUCGAGCACUACGCGAGCAUGGUGGACCUGCUGGGGCGGUCGGGGCAGGUCGAGGAGGCUUACCAGCUCGUGAAGGAGAUGCCCGUCGAACCCGACGCCGGCGUGUGGGGCGCGCUGCUGGCGGCGUGCGCCGUGGACCGGCGCGUGGAGCUCGGCCAGGUCGCCGCUGAUCGGCUGCUCAGUCUGGCCCCCGACGGGGCCUCCUACCAGGUGCUGCUCUCGAACAUGUACGCGGCGGCGGGCCGGUGGGGGGACGUCGAGAAGGUCAGGAAGAGGAUGAGGAAGGCGAAGGUGAGGAAGACGGCGGGGUACUGUUCGGUGGAGGCGGCCGGCGGCGGUGGGAUGGAGGUCUUCUACGGCGGCGACAGGUCGCAUCCGCAGUCCGGCGAGAUAUACGCGAAGCUGGAGGAGCUGAUGAGGCGGGUGAGGGACGCCGGCUACGCGCCGGCGACCGGCGAGGUGCUGCACGACGUGGAGGCGGAGGAGAAGGAGGUGGCGCUGGGGGCGCACAGCGAGAAGAUCGCCAUAGCCUUCUCUCUCAUUGGCGCCGGCCACGGGGCCGCUUCCAUAAGGGUGAUGAAGAAUUUGAGGACCUGCAGCGACUGCCAUGCCUUCGCCAAGCUCGUCUCCAAGGUGGUCGGAGUGGAGAUCAUCAUGAGGGACAAGAACAGAUUCCACCAUUUUACGCGCGGGUCCUGCUCUUGCAGGGAUUUCUGGUGA